AGGUGCGUAGCAGAGCCCGUGGCCAUAGACAUGGUUUAGCCUAGGCUACUUCACUUUCUUUUACUGUCUCUCCCAGCCUACCUCUGUGUCAAUCUACCACGGCCGGAGGUAGCAUGCUAGAAAUAGACGAGAUGGUAGACAGUACCAAGACAGUAGGUAAGGUUUUGAUUGGAAUGAAAAAGAGCUGCCGAUUAUGAUUCCUUAGGUCGUGUUGUAGUAGUGGCUACAUUCCAGCUCGCUCGGAUAAGGGUGAUAUUACGAUUUUUGCCGCCACCAACACCACGUGACCCAAUUACUGUGUACUGAUGCCGAAGAUGAGUUGUAUUUAAGGUGCACCUAUGACAUGGCCUGCACCAAUCAGUCGGCUGUGGACUUCAUCAAGAAAGCCUGGAUACACUUGGUGAAAAAUCUGAAACACCAGGAGCUCAUUGCCGAGAAUCUUGAAGAGUUAGGGGUGUUCAAUUUUGAUGAUGUCACAGCGGUGACUUCAGAAAAGAAUCCUUUAACCCAAACCAGAAAUCUUUUAGACUCUGUAACAAAAAAGGGGGAGGAGGCAAGCUAUGUGUUCCUCAGGAUUCUGGAUGGUAAAAAAAACAUGACUUUACCAAAGAAUGUCAGGCCUGACUUGCACUAUUGGAUCAGCUGUUUCCCCUUCAGAGAGGAGUCAGAUUUGCAGCCCAAUGGCCCCAGAUCGUGCCAGCUAUACCAAGCACAGCUCAAAACCAAAGCCCUGAAAAUCCUCCACACUCACACAGAGCAAAUCAAUUUUGUAUUUGGUAGAAAUGCAGUGCAAUGCUUUUCUUACACUCCUUUGGUACUAGACAGAGCAGGGCAGGGAUAUGCAGAGCCAACUAAAAUUAAACAGAAAACCAAGAAGUACAAGAAAUCUCGGCCUAAAAAGUUGAGUGCCUACAUUCCAAAGAGCAAGCCUCAGUUAUCUCCUGAUUACCUCCUUGAAUGUAAUGAGCAAAGCAUUCUGCUUGUGGGUAAACCUGGAAUUGGGAAAACAACAGUUGCUUUGGAAAUGAUUAACCUUUGGGUAAAAAAGGAGAAUUGCAAACUAAACUACUUGUUCUACUUUGAUGAAACAACACUAUGUGGGAUGUCAUCACCAGUGGAUUUGGAAUCAUUGCUCUUUGGGGCAUAUGCUGAACCAAGUUUAAACAGAGACGAGGUUCUUGAGGAUAUUAAGAAGAACUCUGAACAUGUCACAAUCAUUGUUGAUAAUAUCAAUAGUGUGCAGAGGAACUCAGUUUUAAGAAAGAUAUUUGACAAAGACCUUCUUCCUGAGGCCAAGGUUGUGGUAACCUGCAGACUAGAUUAUGAAGAGUUCCUGUCAAUCGAGACAUGUUUAAGAGUGUGUGUUGAGGGGUUUAGUGAAGAAUCGAUCCAGACGUACAUGUCCCACAUGCUAAGGGAUAAACCUGAUGCUCUGAGCUACAUCCUCGGGAAUCCUGAGAUGUUCAGCCUCUGCUAUGUUCCUGUGAACGCACUCAUGGUUGCUGCCUGUAUGCUGUUUCCAAUGACAGUAACAUCUAAUCUUUUUACAACAACUGAGGUCUACCUCAACAUCUUCCGUCAAAUAAUGAAAAAAUGUGACUCAGACCUGACAUUAAGACAACUAGACAAAUUCAUUCAAUGCAACAUGGAGAAGAUACAAGAUUUGUCUAAAGAUGCAUUCCUUGCAAUAAACCAGAGGUCUAUAGUCCUGGAGGGUUGUGAUGAUACCAACAUUGAGCAUAAUUUUCUGCAUCUGCUUACCAUGAGAGAUGGCCCCACUUCUGUGAAAACAUAUAGUGCAUUUCUCCACAACACUCUGCAGGAGUUCUUUGCUGCAAUAUGGUUGCUCUCUAAUCCAGGAGAUAUUGAUGGAUUCUUCCACCAAUGCAAAACUGAUGAAGGAAAACACAUGAGGCAUGUGAUUCCUUUUCUAUGUGGUCUGCUAUCUGAGAGAAAUCUCUCAUUAGUCAGUUGUAUAUGUCCAGAGGAGCGUAUUAAAGUGACAUCUACCGGAUUUAUUGAGAAACUUUUAUCCCUUUAUAUAAACGCGGACCAGGACUUUGAGGAUAGCAAUGAAGAGCUACUCUUCCUCUGCCAGUGCCUGUUUGAACUACAGUCCCUUCAGGCAUGCUCAGUUUUUCUCAGCAGGGUGAACUACAAUUUGGACUUGGCAGAUGGACAUCUGCAUCCACAUCAGUGUUGCACAUUGUCUUACGUAAUCAAACAGGCUAGGAUGAAGGUUGUUCUUGAUCUGGAGAACUGCAGAAUAUCUAAGCAAGGACUGAACUUCAUCCUUGACUGUAAUGAAUAUGUCAGAAUUGAUUCCAGCCUUUUACGUCAAAUAUGGACAGCCACACUGAGUUGGGAAAACCCGGGAGUUUUUCCUGAUUUGCUGAAACUUUCUGGGCCUGAGAUGCACUUGCCAGCUUGGGAUCUAUCUGUGUUUGAGAGAGCAGGAGAAAUGAUACGGCAGCACCCACAGCAGAUGAGCCUGGUCCUGCACUGCCAUCAGUCAGCACAGUCCCUGAGUGAGGACCUCUGCAGUGCCAUUGUCAGUGUUCUACCACACAUCACCUCUCUCAGAUUCACAGAAGAGGAACUGAAUGAGUAUCCAAAGGGAGUGUUCCGUUUCCUGCUGGAUCUGAGUGUGGCAGCAGCUGUGUCUGAUUCAGCUACAGGACAGAGUUUCUCUGAGCUCUUGUGCUCUGUGUGCACCUUCCCUUUUGAGGAGAUUGAUAGGUGUGCUGAUUAUUACAAUGGUUCUCACAAUGAGUUUCUGCUGGAUUUGUGUUCGAAAGUGAAAGACAUUGAGAUUUUAAAAGGCAGGAGUCUCUUGCCUGCACUUAGGCCAUUUUACCAGUCAGCUCCUGCAGUCUGGUCCAUAGACCUCUCAAAGAGAAAGGCCUCCCUCCUCCUAGAAGUGCUGAAACUCCAAACACAGAAGAAACCAGUAGAGCUGAGAGGCUGGUCAGAUGAAGAGAGUGAAGUGAGGAGUUUCCUUCAGUGCCUGCCCUACAUCUCACAGCUCAGCUGUACUCCACCACAGUCUGAGGGGAUGUCCUUGGAGGAGUGGGAACGUAGUGUGAAAUCAUUCCAUCUGCAUCUGUGUCUGCAAACAGCUCUCUAUGAGUGGACGUCUGUCAGGACAUUGAUGACACUCUUCAGUGUUUCCAAUGAAUUUGAUUUCCUCUUGGAUCUGUACUAUUAUGUGAGGGACUAUGAAUCACAAAUGGGCAGUAGUCUCAUUCCAGCACUGCGACCAGUUUACAAGUUUACUCUUGCAGUCUGGUCUAUAGAUCUCUCAAAGAGAAAGGCCUCCCUCCUCCUAGAAGUGCUGAAACUCCACACACAGAAGAAACCAGUAGAGCUGAGAGGCUGGUCAGAUGAAGAGAGUGAAGUGAGGAGUUUCCUUCAGUGUCUGCCCUACAUCUCACAGCUCAGCUGUACUCCACCACAGUCUGAGGGGAUGUCCUUGGAGGAGUGGGAACGUAGUGUGAAAUCAUUCCAUCUGCAUCUGUGUCUGCAAACAGCUCUCUAUGAGUGGACGUCUGUCAGGACAUUGAUGACACUCUUCAGUGUUUCCAAUGAAUCUGAUUUCCUCUUGGAUCUGUACUAUUAUGUGAGGGACUAUGAAUCACAAAUUGGCAGGAGUCUCAUUCCAGCACUGCGACCAAUUUAUCAUUUUACUCUUGCAGUCUGGUCCAUAGACCUCUCAAAGAGAAAGGCCUCCCUCCUCCUAGAAGUGCUGAAACUCCAAACACAGAAGAAACCAGUAGAGCUGAGAGGCUGGUCAGAUGAAGAGAGUGACGUGAGCAGUUUCCUUCAGUGUCUGCCCUACAUCUCACAGCUCAGAUUCACAGAAGAGGAACUGAAUGAGUAUCCAAAGGGAGUGUUCCGUUUCCUGCUGGAUCUGAGUGUGGCAGCAGCUGUGUCUGAUUCAGCUACAGGACAGAGUUUCUCUGAGCUCUUGUGCUCUGUGUGCACCUUCCCUUUUGAGGAGAUUGAUAGGUGUGCUGAUUAUUACAAUGGUUCUCACAAUGAGUUUCUGCUGGAUUUGUGUUCGAAAGUGAAAGACAUUGAGAUUUUAAAAGGCAGGAGUCUCUUGCCUGCACUUAGGCCAUUUUACCAGUCAGCUCCUGCAGUCUGGUCCAUAGACCUCUCAAAGAGAAAGGCCUCCCUCCUCCUAGAAGUGCUGAAACUCCAAACACAGAAGAAACCAGUAGAGCUGAGAGGCUGGUCAGAUGAAGAGAGUGAAGUGAGGAGUUUCCUUCAGUGUCUGCCCUACAUCUCACAGCUCAGCUGUACUCCACCACAGUCUGAGGGGAUGUCCUUGGAGGAGUGGGAACGUAGUGUGAAAUCAUUCCAUCUGCAUCUGUGUCUGCAAACAGCUCUCUAUGAGUGGACGUCUGUCAGGACAUUGAUGACACUCUUCAGUGUUUCCAAUGAAUCUGAUUUCCUCUUGGAUCUGUACUAUUAUGUGAGGGACUAUGAAUCACAAAUUGGCAGGAGUCUCAUUCCAGCACUGCGACCAGUUUACAAGUUUACUCUUGCAGUCUGGUCUAUAGAUCUCUCAAAGAGAAAGGCCUCCCUCCUCCUAGAAGUGCUGAAACUCCAAACACAGAAGAAACCAGUAGAGCUGAGAGGCUGGUCAGAUGAAGAGAGUGAAGUGAGGAGUUUCCUUCAGUGUCUGCCCUACAUCUCACAGCUCAGAUUCGGCAGCUAUUAUUUUUCUAUAUCAAAAGAAGAAGUGUUCCAGGUCCUGGUGAAUCUGAGUGUAGCAGCAGCUGAGCAUGAUGCAGCUACAGGAGAGAGAUUCUCUGAGUUCUUAUCCUCUGUGUGCAGCUACAGCACAUUUCCUUUUGGGUGUGACGUAGGAUUUGAAGAAAUUAGUGAUUUUCUGUUGGAUCUGUGCUCCCACAUCAAGGCCUGUGAAACCAACACAUACAGAAGUGUCCACUCAGUAUUGCAGUCUAUGUUCCAGUCAGCUUCUGAAGUCUGGUACAUAGACCUCUCAACGAGAAAGGCCUCCGUCCUGCUAGAAGUGCUGAAACUCCAAACACAGAAGAAACCAGUAGAGAUGGAAGGCUGGUCAGAUGAAGAGAGUGAAGUGAGGAGUUUCCUUCAGUGUCUGCCCUACAUGUCACAGCUCAGAUUUCGUGAAGAUUAUUUGUAUCCAAAGAGUAUGCUCUGGAUCCUGCUGGAUCUGAGUGUGGCAGCAGCUGUGUCUGAUUCAGCUACAGGAGAGAGUUGCUCUGAGCUCUUGUGCUCUGUGUGCACCUUCCCUUUUGAGGAGAUCGAUGAGGAUUAUAACAGAGUUUCUCAUUCAGAGUUUCUGCUGGAUCUGUGUUUCCGUGUGAAGGACAUUGAAAUUCAAACUGGCAGAAGUCUCUUGCCUGCAUUCAAGCCAUUUUACCAGUCCACUGCAGCUCCUGCAGUCUGGUCCAUAGAUCUCUCAAAGAGAAAGGCCUCCGUCCUGCUAGAAGUGCUGAAACUCCAAACACAGAAGAAACCAGUAGAGCUGGAGGGCUGGUCAGAUGAAGAGAGUGAAGUGAGGAGUUUCCUUCAGUGUCUGCCCUACAUCUCACAGCUCAGUCUCCAUUGUGACUAUGAUGGGAAGGUCUUCCUAUUGGGUUGUGCAGCUGUUUGGUCUACAGAGGAACUCAUUCAUCUGGUUCAGUUACUAGACAACAUUGAGCUGAAACAGGACUUGUACAGCAGGGAUUGUAGAUCUUUGGCGCGAGUGCUUAUUGUGGCCUCUAAACUGGACCUCACCCUGACACCUGAGCACAUCUCUCUCAGGGGAGUAAGGCUGCUCUUCAGAGGAGUCACUCACCUACACAAACUAAGGUUGAAUAUCACCAUGGUGAUGAGACUGGCCCGAGCGAUGAGGACGGGGAGAGGUUUGGCUCCAGUCUCUGUUGAGGAGCUCAGUCUUUACCUCAACAGUAAAGAAGUCUCUCAGAGAGUGCUGUCCAGGGUCCUGAGCUGCCUGGCUCUCCUCCUCAGACUCUGGACGGUCCAGUGUCUGGACCUGACAUCUUGCAGGGUCGAAGGUCACUCUCUCAUCAUCCUGCUCUGUCAACAGGACCCUCUUAAACUCAGACUGAGUAAGGAAAAUACACAACAGCUGUUCAUGCUGGUGUCUGAUGCACAGAACGUGGAAAUCAUUGAGUCCUUUCUGAACAAGGUGGGAGGAGACCUGACCUCGUGCACUUUGACCCAGGAAGUGCUUCUCCACUUGCUGCAGCAUCACUCUGGACCUGUGACCGUUGACUUCAGGAAGAGCAAGAUCACUGAGAGGAAUGUUAGAGACUUCCUUCAUCUGCUGGACAGGAUACGGUUCAAGAGGCUUUCUCCAGGAUUCAUCAUGUUCAUCAUCAUGGAGAUCUACCAGAGUCGUUCUGCUCAGUAUGUGAGCAGCCUGCUGAGAUCUACAGAGAACCACAUCAACCUGACCACCAGAGGCCUGGAUGCUGCUGACUGUGCUGCCCUGCGUUUCACCUUACAGCACAGCCAGGGGGUCAGACUCAACCUGAUGUGGACCUCCAUACCAGAGGGGGAGCUAGAGAGCCUCCUGAAGCUUCUCACCAAUGUCUCUCAGCUCAGUGUUGACAGGCAGCUGCUGUUGAGGAUCCUCCACUGCUGUUACUCCUCAGACGCCCAGCAGGGGGCAGCAGCAGCUCUUCUUCAGGCUCUGCAGCACAGACUGGACUUCUCCUGCUCCUCUGCUAUGGACCUGACAGAAGAGACACAGGAACCACCUCUGCACCUGACACCUGAGGACUGCAUGGUCGUCUCCAUGGUAAUCCAGAGGGUCAGCGUCAACCCUGAACUCAUGCUGAUGGACUGUGAUGUGGAGGAGGUGGGGCUAGAACACCUUUUCUCUGUUCUAGAAAGAAUCCGUCUGAGGUGCAGUAAGGGCCAGUUGUUGCAGCUCCUGACUCUGGUGUGUGUCGGCUCUGAGAGAGAGUGUGUGAGGAGAGCCGUGUCUCUCUCCCAUGCUGUGGGUGGGGAAGUGGACCUCAGUCACACUGUGCUGGACGCUCGGGCCUGUGGAUCUCUGGCGCUGUUUCUGGAAUAUUCUGAGGGGCUGUCAGAACUAGACCUCAGCCACUGCCAGCUCACAGACCAUUGCCUGGAGCCUCUGCUCUCUCAUCUGCACAAAUCACAGACCCUGGACCUCAGUAACAACAGCAUCACAGAUGAAGGGGCUCAGCUGAUCCACAACACCGUCAAUGCAGCAACAUCCAUUCAGACCGUAAGGCUCUUCAACAAUAAGAUUCGGAGCAGACAGCUCUUCCAGGGAGACGCACGCUUUGAGCUGUGGUGACCCUGUAGGUGUGCUGAUAUCUCCACUGGAUUUGACCUGAUGUGUUUCAUACUCACGCCAUGCCAUACAACGCACAGGAAAGGGAUCGCUCUGAUGUAGUUCAUGUGUUCAGAAGUGAGAGAGUGACCUGCACAACAAAGUAGGAGGGAAACAGCACAAACACGCCAUAUAUGGUUAUAUGAUUUAGAAGACGCUUUUAUCCAAAGCGACUUACAAUAUAUCAGAGCAAAGUGCUGUUGGAGUGAUUUUAAUGGACCAGAGCAGAGGAAAGAAAACAUAAUGAUGAAGCACAACAUGCUCAGAAGUGUAGGGAAAGUCUAGUUAGGCAUUGUGACACUUCCAUUAUAGUGUGUCACAUUUUUUAGGGGUUCCACGGAUCAAUGUGGACUCUCAGGUAAAGAAAAUACAUUACGGUAGUUGACAUAUUUCAAAUAUAUGCACAAUAUGUAUUUAUAUGUAUGUAUUUUCAUGUUUAGCAAUGUAUUUAGUCUUGCUUAAACCAUUGUCCCUUACCAUUUAUCUGAUGCUGAAAUGUUCAUAUUUUGUCUUUAUAGCCAUACUGAUGAUGUAUUUUCUGUUUUAUCUCUGGACAACACUUGGAUGAUUUUAAUUUAAUUUCAGUUUUUCAGCAGAGCAGUGAUCAGUUUGUGCUCAUAGAAGAUUUCAUCAGUGGCAUUUCCUAUAGAUCAAAGAAGCUACUCUGAUACUUGAAGCUGUAAGGCCCUGUACUAUACUGUAACAUUGUAACUCUUUCUAUAUGGAGUCAUUAGGUAUGAAUAGUUUACAGACUUUAUUAUGAGGCAUUAUGGAUACUUAACAAUGUGUUUACAAUGCUUUAUGGACGUGUAUUCAAUCCUUAAUGGAUUCAGGGAUGUUGCCAUAAUUUGAUCAGAAAACCACUUAGCCAUUAAUUCACCUUUACAGUUUGAUCGAACUUGAGCUUUGUAUUUCAAAAGCACUGUUUGUAUUUCAGAGGUACUGGUAAACAAGUUUACAGCUAGCCAUCAGAUGUGAAGUGUGUAAUGAAAUCAUGUGUCACCUGAAAUUAUGUCUUAAUAAUGUCUUAAUAAUUAUGUAAGUGUGAACUGUGUUAGAGAACAGUAUUAUGGGAGUAGUUCAACAGGGAGGGCAAGACACUGGCAAUGUGAAAGUCUUGCCCUGUCGUGUAAAAUGUGUAAAUUCUAAACUCUCUACUCUUAACAUGCGGUGUGUCUGCUAAAUCAAUAAAAAUAGGAGUCUUUAAUAUACCAUGUCGACUCU